CCCCGCCAGCCCCUUUGUUUUGAGCGGCGCUGGCAGCGCGACCGGCAGCGGCGGGGAGAGGCCCGCACUGCUCCGCUCCGCACCGAGCGCCCAGCCCCGAGCCUCGCGGCGGCAGCAGCACCGUCGGGCACAGCGCGGCCUGGCCCGGCCCGGCCCGGCCCCUGCUCGGCUGUGAGUGCGGGGCGGGGGGUGGUUGGCAGCGCCGGGCUCCCGGUCGCUGAGGGGCGGCCACCGGGCGCAGCGCUACGCCGAGAUGGUCACUGGUCCUGCCAUGCCACACAAGUGCCAGCGUUGACCUGAGGGAGUAGCGGGUGCCGGUACUGGGUGGAAGCCACCUCCCUUGGCAGCAGCAGAGGCUCAGCUUCAGGUACUCUGAAACUGCACCCUUAGGGUGAGCUUUGAGGGUACGCUCAGGCACGCCUGCUGACAAGCUGUUUGUGAGCAGCCUCACCUUUGUGUAGGCUGCACGUUUCUCCUGUUUCUCUCUGUCAGUUCUGCUUGUGAGCCGAACUGGCUCUGCGAUAAAAAGCAAAACAAAAUCAACCAGCAUGUGGUUAGUUGUUGACAGAGCUGUGGAGGAAAGGGGAGGGAUAAAAAACACGGGGGUGUUGCUGUGCUGGCAGGGUGAGUUCAGAGUAACAAAGUAAUUUGUACAGGAACAGUUUACUGAUACAAGGUGUUGGGACAAGCAUUCUGUGUACCUGAUUUACUGACCUCUGAAUGACAGCUAUUGUCGGGUUAUUUAUGAGGAACCUCUUCUGUAGACAAGCCCACAAAUGAUGUAGACCUUAAGGAAAUAGAGAAACUUGAUCUUCAGUAAACCCAGCUUAGUCUAGAGAUGUGUGUGCAGGUAAUAUUCAUGUAAGAGCCAUGUCCGUAUUGUUAAAGCAUUUUUAAAACCUGUUGAUGUAAGUGUAAUUAUUUUUCCCCUUCCAUUUCUUUUGAAUAGAUAACAUCUUUGAUUUGUUUAAGGUCCUUUCUUGGUGCCCCUUACUCAGACAAGCAGUCCAACGCGUUCUGUGUUUUUUUUAUAAUAUCUCAUAAUAAUUCCCAAUAGCUGCCUUUAGGGAUUAUUUUUUCUGCUUUGUCUAAACUUAUUGUAGAGAUCUCAGUGUGAAAGUAGCCCAAAAAUGCUUUAUAAUGCAGAGUCUGCAGGCAUGUGUAGUUACCUUUGUAUACACUGAAGAUGCAGCCAAGUAUAUCUUCUUGCAAGUUUCCCCCCCCCUUGUGUGCUAGACAGCUCAGCAUCAGGCACAGAUUCCCCUCUGCUCUGCCAGCUAUGAGACUGAAAGAUGGGGCAGGCAGCUGGAAGUAGUGGCAUUUUAAGGCUGCCAGAGCAAGAUUUGCAAGAAGACUGAACUGUAGCAUGUCUGAUGGAGCUGAGCAUGCGGUAGUGUUAUUGAUAGUCUUACAUAAUUACUUAAAGCAAACCUACAGAAGUAAUUGACUAGGUAGAAAUCAAAUCCUUGUAUAUUCAAAAACAGUCCUUUCUGCAGUGGAGUUUAAUUCUUCUUCCAUUCUGGUCUCUUAUCUGUGAUGACGUGGUAUUUAUCCCUGGCUUAGUUUUUGCUCCGUGGAUUUUUCAGUCUCCAUCUCUUUAAUCCAUUAUGGCAUUUAAAAACAAACAAACAAAAAAACAGGACCACCAUCAUUUGCUGACCAAUUUUGUCUUAUUCCAAGUUCCCAGCAUAAAGAUGAUGUUGCUUCUUCCAGUGAGCAGUCUUCACCCAGAGGCUUUAUUUCCAUUUGUUAGUGAUUGCGUUAUAUGGUUCUUUUAAGACUUUAACUGUUCACAUAAUGAGAUUGAUUUUUGAACACCUUUUUUUCCCUCACAGUUUUUUGCCCUCUCAUGCAAUAUGCCAGUGUCCUGUUUCUGAUUCCAGGCUAGCUUUGCUUUGGAAAAGCUCCAUUAACUUCAGUGAAAUUCUGGCUUUAAACUGUGACACCAGAAUCAGGCCUUUAGCGUUUGUUUUCAUAGGUAUGUUUCCCUUUUCUACUUCUGAUGCUGUGUUUCUGCCUGCUUUCUCACUCUGAGUAGUGUAGAGUUAAUUGCAGAUCGAGUCCCGUGUAAGGGUUAGGGUGUUAACAACAGAGCUGUUGAGAGGGUGGCUGCAGCAGCAGUGGUGGUUGUUGUUCUUGGUUUUUAUGUGGCCUGCGUCAUUACGGGGUAGAACAGUUGUGAAAUAUCUUGGAUAGAGUAUCUGUUGCAGAUCAGGCUGUGGAAUUAUGCCUUGUUAACUGAUUGCCUCAGAGAGAUUUUACUAGAUAUGCUCAUCACAACAGUGUUUUUCAGACAGUGAAGUGACACUUAAUCUUGUUUUAAUUCAAGUUAAAGGAAGUAUUUCGUAGGAUAAAUGAGCCGUACCAAGAAUCUGCCUUAUAAAUAUGUGUGGGAAAUUCUUUAUGGAAAAUGAGAAGGCAGAAACGUCUUUUCUCAACGAGUAGAUGCAUAGCGCAUAUUCUUGGUCUUUAUAAAGACAGUAUCUUUUAAAGGGGCUGUGUUUAUUUAAAAGAAGGUUUUUCUUAAGGAACAAUGCCUUUUUUUUUUUUGUAUUCAAUAUUAAGUGAUGAUGCAGCCAGAUUCGGAUUGGGUAAUUGCAGCUCUAAAGACACUGGCAUGUCAGGAAAUGAAAACUGAGUUAGGUGCUAACGUUUACUGGCUGUAAGUGGGGAAUGAGGGAAACUUAAUGUAAUCCCUUGGAUUAUUUAGGGAAUAAAUAUUUCCGUAAGUUUUAAAAUAAUUCAGUAUAUGUCUUUCUAGACUUGAAAGUAAGUGCUUUUGGAGUGGCAUCUUUGUCAGCCCCGUGUGGGCAUUCUACCCAGCUUCUUGCUGCCUCAGUAUAUUUUGGUGGGCAGUCAUCGAGUUCAUUUUAAAGUUCAGGAGCGGCAAAGAGCCCUGUUGCUGCUAGAUUUGUUGAUCAUGUUACGUCUAAUAUGCAGAAUCUGCAAAAUCAGCUGCAUUUUCUUUACUUGAAAACUUUAGAUUUGGCAUUUACUAACAUAGUAUUUUUGCAGCUUCAGCGCUCUGAUAGCACUACUGUGUGUUUAUGUGCUGGGAGGAGGCUGUACACUCUGUACUUGAAACUGGAAAGUGAGCAGAAAUGUUGCUAGUAAUUUUUUGCUAGUAGUACUUUGGAAAACAGAAAAUCUGCCUUUACUCAGUAAAUUGCCCUUGGUCCCAAGUUUCUUUUUUUUUUUUAUGCAAGUAAAUUUAAUCAUUUCUCCAUUCUGUUUUGCACAUCAGUGGUUUACACUCAUAACUGAUUGAAUCUUAUCAGUGAACUAACUUCUAGGUGCAGGGAACAAAAAAGUAAAAACAGUUCUUACAGUCCAAGUUGUUCAUUGAGAUAACUGAAGGUUGUUAAACACUAGUAUUAUAAAGCUGUAUUACGAUCAACAUAAAUCACUCCUUUAUUUUCAUUAUUAUCUCAACUGAUUUUUUAUAUUGCAAAUUUCAUUCUGUUUUUUCACCCUUUGAUAGUGUUAAAUGGAGGCUCCAGUUGAAAUGAGGAUUACACUGAAAAAAUGAGAAAAGCCCAAGCUCUGGAUCUUUAUACAGGAAAGCCCUUGGUUUCUGUCAGUAAAGUGAUUUGCUGAAGAUGAGGCCUCACUUUAUUUAUCUUGAACACUAAGGCAAUGCCUGGGGUGCUGGGACAGACAGAAUUAGUCAACAAUAAUGCCUGUGCAUAAUAUACGUAUACUACAUAGGAUAUGGUUUGUAUUUAGCACAUAACAGAUGAUGCUGCAUUGCCCUGCACAAGGUCAUUUGGCCAGUAAUACUCUGUCACCUCUAGAAAAGGUCAAAACUUGUGCCAAUUAUUAGUGACCAAACAAGUGUCUUGUAUAAUUAUUGUGAUGAAAUGAAGAAUAUACCAAACUGAAUACUGAAGUGUUUUAAUUUUUCAGACCGUAGCACUGCAAAGGAGAAACUCAGACAACUUUUCUCAAUGACUCUAUAGCCAACUAAUGUAACAAUGGUACUAAUAUUGGGACGCAGACUGAAUAGAGAGGAUAGUGGGAUACGAGAUUCCCCUGCAACCAAGCGGAAAGUUUUUGAAAUGGACCCAAAAUCGUUGUCAGGCCCUGAGUUUUUUGACUUCUCCUCGGGAUCAUCACAUGCUGAAAGCAUUCUCCAGAUCUUCAAUGAAUUCCGAGACAGCCGGUUGUUCACAGAUGUCAUUAUCUGUGUGGAAGGACGGGAGUUUCCCUGCCAUCGAGCGGUUCUCUCAGCCUGCAGCAGCUACUUCAGAGCUAUGUUUUGCAAUGAUCAUAGAGAAAGCAGAGAGAUGUUGGUGGAGAUCAAUGGCAUUUUAGCUGAAGCUAUGGAUUGCUUUUUACAGUAUGUGUAUACUGGCAAGGUAAAAAUCACCACAGAGAAUGUGCAGUAUCUCUUUGAAACAUCAAGCCUCUUUCAGAUUAGUGUUUUACGUGAUGCCUGUGCCAAGUUCCUGGAGGAGCAGCUGGAUCCCUGUAACUGCCUGGGAAUCCAGCGCUUUGCAGAUACGCACUCGCUCAAGACACUGUUCACCAAGUGCAGGAAUUUUGCGCUGCAGACAUUUGAAGACGUGUCUCAGCAUGAAGAGUUCCUCGAGCUGGGGAAAGAUGAGCUUAUUGAUUACAUUUGCAGUGAUGAACUGGUGAUCACUAAGGAAGAGAUGGUGUUUGAAGCUGUCAUGCGCUGGGUGUACCGGGCAGUUGAGUUGCGAAGACCAGUGUUGCAUGAGCUUCUGACACAUGUCAGGCUCCCGCUACUACACCCAAACUACUUUGUUCAGACUGUAGAGGUGGACCAGCUGAUUCAGAAUUCCCCUGAGUGCUAUCAGCUGCUGCAUGAAGCCAGGCGGUACCAUAUCCUUGGAAAUGAGAUGAUGUCUCCCAGGACUAGGCCACGCAGAUCAACUGGUUAUUCAGAGGUGAUAGUUGUUGUUGGAGGCUGUGAACGAGUUGGAGGGUUUAACCUGCCGUAUACCGAGUGCUACGAUCCUGUAACAGGAGAGUGGAAGUCACUGGCUAAACUUCCAGAGUUUACCAAGUCUGAGUAUGCAGUGUGCGCUCUGCGGAAUGAUAUUCUUGUUUCAGGUGGAAGAAUCAAUAGUCGGGAUGUUUGGAUUUAUAACUCUCAGCUUAACAUUUGGAUCAGAGUUGCCUCCUUAAAUAAAGGCAGAUGGCGUCAUAAAAUGGCUGUGCUUCUUGGUAAAGUAUAUGUUGUUGGAGGAUAUGAUGGGCAAAACCGCCUCAGCAGCGUGGAGUGUUACGAUUCAUUUUCCAAUCGAUGGACGGAGGUGGCUCCCCUUAAAGAAGCUGUGAGCUCUCCAGCAGUCACCAGCUGUGUUGGCAAACUGUUUGUGAUCGGGGGUGGUCCUGAUGACAACACAUGCUCUGACAAGGUUCAGUCUUAUGAUCCUGAUACUAAUUCUUGGUUGCUCCGUGCAACUAUCCCUAUUGCGAAAAGGUGCAUUACAGCUGUGUCUUUAAACAAUCUGAUCUAUGUUGCUGGUGGUCUUACCAAAGCAAUAUACUGCUAUGAUCCGGUUGAGGACUACUGGAUACAUGUACAGAAUACAUUCAGCAGACAGGAGAAUUGUGGCAUGUCUGUGUGUAAUGGAAAAAUCUAUAUCCUUGGUGGAAGACGAGAAAAUGGUGAAGCCACAGACACUAUUCUUUGCUAUGAUCCUGCAACAGGCAUUAUCACAGGAGUAGCAGCUAUGCCCAGGCCAGUAUCGUAUCACGGCUGUGUGACGAUUCAUAGAUAUAAUGAAAAAGGCUUUAAACUGUAAUAUUUUUUUUUCUUGGGGGGGAGGAAGAAAUAGCAGGAUUGAAUCCAGUGGUCUGCUGCAAGGCAGGUUUUUAAAUCCUGAAGUGGGAAAAUGCCCUUUCCUUACCUAAGUGUCAUGAAAAUUGUAUCUUGUGCCUUUUAAAAAAAAAAAAAAAAAGCAGGGGGUUAAUUUAAAUUAAAAAUAAAACUAGUCUACAAAUCUGUAUAGUUACCAGAGUAUGUUGUACUGGUGAUCAGAAAGGUUGCCCUAUGUGUGUUAAGUAGUUAAAAUCUUGGAAGCUUUGUGGGGAAAGUGCCUUCACAAGCACUUGUGCCUGUGUCUGAAGAAGCAAUACCUACAAGGUUUCAGGUUCUGCUACUUGAAAAAAUAUGUAGCAAAUAAAUUUCAAAGAAGCAUCUAGUAAUAAUUACAGUUAGGAAAAAGCUUGUCUAAUUACAAUACAUAUGCAAAGCAUUCUUACAAGCAGAUUAUUUGGCUUAACCAAAUAGAUUUUAUUUAAGAUCAUGCAUGAUUUGGGAUUUAAAAAAAAAAAGGGGGGGGAACGGCGGGUUGAUUUUAAGCUACGUAGGACAAAUAUUAGAAUACUUGAGAAAUGCUUUCCUCUGAAGGAGGACAGUGACAUCUUGGUGGUUUUGUGAGCCACUGCAACAUACAGUGCUGAUUGCAUACCUUAACACUAUGGACCUUAUUCAUAGUGUUACUAAAUGCUUGUCAGAAAUACAAGGCUACAUGACAUGGAAAACUAGCCAGUACUGGGGUGCAGGUAUGCAUCUGUAAAGCAGAUUUGGAAUCCUGGUUUUUAACUUCCCGAAUAAUAUGACUGAAGCCUGAAAGUUGCUGGGUUUGUUCUCUGCUCAAUGUGAAGCAUCUCUAAACUACUCAAGGAAUAAAGGAAAGAACUCAGAAUUCAACCGCUUUUUUGAAUUGCAUUAUAAAUUACCUGGUAGAAGACAUAGGAACUCAGGUUGUACCCUACAGCUUACAAAUUGGUCUUCCAGAUCCGUCAUCUGAAGAGAUGGUGGAGUUACCCACCAAGUAUUUUUUGGCCUUUCUUCAGACAAUCACUCUAGCUCAAUUCGACUACUGUAUAAGCUGCUUGGCCACAGAUGGAAGAGGUUCUGGAAAGGUCCCUUAUGUCACUAGAAAAGAGCUGUGGAGCUGACCAUGUAGCCAUAUGAGGGUAACUCCCACACACCAUGUCUGGCUAAUUUUGAAGCCUAGAAAGUGCCUAUAUUUCAACCUGGAUUUUUUGUAGUAAAGGUAUUUCUUUAAUCUUUAAAGUCCUCCUUAUAUUUGUGUACUAUGUCUCAUAGUUCCAGUAUACAGUUAUACAACUGAGGCACAAGUUCUUGAAAACUGAAAUAGCACUUGAGAGUUGGAAAAUGUAUAGUACUUUCUAUGUACCAGUUUGCUAUUAAUCACCAAAAACCUCAGGAACUCCCCUUCAAAGGAAUUCUGAGGACAGCAGCCAGUAGGGAAAUUGGUCAGUGCCAGGACAGAGAAAAAUAUAAGGCUCCUGCAGAGGCACCCUGGCCUCAGGGUUCUGGUCUACAUGCUUGCUCAGGAGGGUGAAAACAAGCACCAUGUCUGGAACGUCGGUCGUUCCACUGGACUCUCUUCACCAUCUGUUUUCCCAGAGUAUUUUUUCAUGAGAUGGAAAUUCUGACCCUCAGUGAAGCUAUGCCAGAUUGGGAGUCAUCAUUUUCAGUAACAUAUGGUUGUGACUUUUAAAGAGCACUGGGAGCUGCACUUUGUGAUGCAUUAACUUGUAACCUCAGGAAAGGACAAAAAUAAUAGUUUGGGGCUGAAUACCAAACGCUGCUUUGUAUAUGUUAAGAAUAUUGAUAAAAUACAAAUCUCUGCAUAUCAGUGAUGUCAUUAGGAAAUGGGUCCCUGAGAACACAUAUUCACAAUGCCCUAAAUAGGAAGCCAUUUGGUAACGUAAGACUUAAAUUUAAUCCUUUUCUAAGUUUCUUGUGCCUGCUUGCCAAGUGUUACUUUGAAAAGGUUAUUUCAGUACCUGUGAAUAAGGUCCAUUGAUAGCAAUUGUAAUUGCCCAAUUAAUGAUGUUAUAUACUAACACUGUAUAGUUUGUGCUAUUGUUGUAAAUGACAAUGUAAAAAAUGAUAGGAGCACUUCAUUAGAGAUGCAGUUUGAAAAAUAUUCUCCCUUCCUUUGAUUUCCUUCUUUGUAUUAAGAUGUGUGAUGCUGAUUGUCAUGCUAAACUGUUUUUAAACAUUCUUUAUUCAGUGUCAUCUAUGUAUAGGUAUCUUUUAACCUGAUUAUAAUACUGCACUAUGUAAAUACUGCUUUUUCUGGUUUUGAAAAUACAGCUAUAAACUGAAAUUUCUUAAUUAUGUACUGUUACCUAUUUUUGAAAAUGAAAGUGUUUAAUGAACCAGUAAAUGCAGAAAUGUAAAGAGAAGUUUUCCUCUACAGCUAUAGUUCUUGAACCUGUACUCAGUGCUGAACAGUUAGGUGUGGAGUAUUGCUAAAAGGGCAGUUACUCAUGCUAUGAUUUCCUCAAAACAAACAAGUUCUUUGGUUUGAAUCUGUAAGUAAUUUUCACUUAUAACCUGCUCUGUUUAGAACAGUACUUUCAGAUGUACUAGAAUUGAACAAUUCAACUUCAGUUUAAUGAAAAUGUACUGUUUCCUAGAAGGAUGCUUUAUUCAGGAAAUUGCUUUCCUGAGUCACCUGUUCUCUGAUGCAUUUCAUUUAGGUGUAGAUGGAUUCAAAGAUUAAAACUCUGACUGUUCUAGCUGA